AUCCAUUGGAAGAACCACUAUCAACGUAUAUUUACGAGAAGGUACCCAACUACUUUUUUCACCUCUCCGCCUAAAACCCUUAUUUCUCUGUCAAUUCAGGCUGAAAUUUCUUGUUCCAUACAUCACUCUAUUCGCGAAAAGUUUUUCUUUCCGAUGGUAUGUAUUGUGUUUACCCUUACAGUACCCCUUACCUCAAAUAAACUUCCUUUGUCAACAAAUUUUCAUGUGUUCAUUUUUAGUCCUUCACCAAAAUACACCAACUUCCGGUUCACAGCAGCAAAUUUCAAUAUUGCUAGUGAUUGGUCGGUACAUAGGUCAUAAUAGGGUCAUUCAAAAAUAGAAGGUUAUUAGAAAUGGAAAGUGAAAGUGAAAGUAAUAUUGUAUAAUAACAACAUGGUUUUGACUCAAACUCAAAAAGAAGUCCUUGACAAGGCAAAUGAGGGACAUUCAAUGGUUUUACUAGGCCAAAGUGGGACUGGGAAAAGCUUUUUGAUUAAAGAAAUUUCAAAACAGUUAAAAAAAGAAGGAAAGAAUGUUUCGGUGACAGCGUCAACAGGAAUAGCUUCUUUGAACGUAAAUGGCCAGACUAUACACUCGUGGUCCGGAAUAAAGGACGGCAGAUUUUCUGAUCAGGAACUAGAAGAUAAACUUAAUAAAAAUGAAAAUUAUAUACAGUACAAGCAAAAUAUGUUAUCCACUGAUUGCCUAAUAAUUGAUGAGAUAUCCAUGAUAUCAAAGAAAAUAUUUGAGCAAAUAGAAAGUAUAUGUAGAAAGAUAUUAAAAAAUGAUAAGUUAUUUGGAGGCAUACAGGUCAUUGUAGUGGGGGACUUUUUUCAACUGCCGCCUGUCCCCGAUCAUUUGAAAAAUGAUGCUGGGGAAUAUUGCUUUAAGUCAUCAAUUUUCCAACAAUUAUUUCAACAUAAAUUUAUACUGACUGAAGUUAUACGCCAAACUCAGCCUGAUUUCAUCCAAGCCAUUAAUGACAUUGCCAGAGGAGAGCUCCAAACUGAAACCGAGCAAUUGUUAAAUAGACUACGCCGCCCAUUACCUCCUGGUCCCGAACCUAUCAGAUUGUGCGCCAGAAAUUUUGAUUGUUAUAUAUUUAAUGCCACAAAAUUAAUGGAUCUGCCAGGGGAUUAUACUGUAUAUAAUUCAAUUGAUGAAGGGCAAAUUUCCAAACUGGAAAAAAGUCCAGUAACAAAACAGCUGCAUUUAAAAAUUGGAUGUCCUGUAAUGCUUUUAAAGAAUUUGAAUAAAAAGUUAGUGAAUGGUUUACGGGGUAGUGUGUCGUCAUUGUCUGAUAAGUGUGUUACUGUAAAUUUUACAGGUCUGAAUGGGGAAAUAUUGACAGCUGAUUUGAAAGCUGAAACUUUUUUGGUAUUUAGUUGCAAUGAAAAUCGGGUCAUUGCUUCGAGACAGCAGAUACCCAUCUGUCUAGCCUAUAGCAUCACCAUUCACAAAGCACAGGGUCUAACAUUACAAAGGGUUGAGGUUGAUGCUUCGAACAUUUUUGCGCCUGGUCAGCUGGGGGUUGCUAUAGGGAGGGCUACAGAGAAGAAAGGAUUGAGAGUCAUUGGAUUUAAGAGGUCAUCAGUCCUUAGGCAUGAAGACAGCUUAUAUAAAUUUUAUGAUACAAGUAACAAUAAUGAAUUCGAUAACUCCGGGAAUCUUACAUGUUGUAAUAUUAAAUUUAAUAAUACAGAUAGGAAUUCUGAGGACCCUGAUGUAAAUUCAGAUGUAGAUGACGAAUUGUCAGAUUUUAGUGACGGCGAAAUUGAAGAAAUAGAUUUUUUAUUGUCUAAAGAUGAUGAUAUAACCGAAGAGCAAUGUGAACCGGAUCAAGAACUCUUUAUAGACUUGAGGGAAAUUGAAGCACUUUUUUCAAAUUUAAAUGCAACACCAACAGAUAAGCUAAUAAAUGAACAUUAUAAACAUAAUUUUGAAAACGUCUCCAGUAGAUUAAAGACAUUUGUCCACAAUUUGUAUUUAAAAAUAAGUGCAAUUUUUGAUGAGACUUGUGGCAAUGUUUCAGAGACAUCUAUUGAGCCCAAAGUAUGGACAAAAUAUUAUACUGAAGUCUAUAAGUUUUCAGUUUCAUCUGAGUAUGCUGGUCUUGCUAAGUCACUUUUUCAAAAUGAACCAUCCUCACUAGAUUUUCAGCUGUGUAGCAAAAUUUUUGAUAAAGCAACAUCAGCUGUUUUAAAAAAGCAUGCAGAUACCAUAACAUCACAGGAAAAAUGCAUUACAUCUUCAAACGAAAUGUCAGAUUCUGGGAAAGGAAAACUAAGGUAUAUUUUUGGAAGGUGCAUCGCCAAAUGUCGCUAUCACAUCAUGAAACAGGCCUUGAACAACAUCUACAAAAAAAGUAACCGACAUAAUUCUUCAAAUUUAUUCUUAAAAGUUAAAAUGCUAGACUCUCUAACUGCAAGAUAUUCAGAACUAGAACUUUCAUCACAGUACAAAGACACCCUAUACCAAACACAAAGGAAGCAAAACCUUUCCCAGGGUUUGACUAACAUUGCUGAUAAAACAUUUCAAUUUGCCAUAGAAAUGGAAAAAAAAAGAUUUUCGAUCCAAACUGAUCAGUCGUUUAAUUUAUAUGGUGCUGGAAUACUUAAUUUUACCCAUGGGGAACUCUUAGAAAGCAAACCACUAUUUGAACUGUGGAAGAACCUAUUCUGUGAUUUUGAAAUAGUUGAUAGUAUUUUUAUGGUCGAUAGUCAGGAUUCAGAACAGUGUUUGAAUGAGCUAUAUACUGAUGUUGUUCUUAGAUUCUGCAGAAUCUCAGACAAUGAAUUUCGAAAAGGAAUCCUACGCCAGUUUGGGAAAACUAAAACUGAACGAUUGCGAAAAAAAGUUGAUAGCAAAGUGAGCACAUCAGGAACACUUACUAUGAAAAGCAUUUAUGGUGAUAAUUCUAAAGGUAAAGUAAGCUCACAUUUAAAACUAAAAUCUUUGGCAUUUGAUUCUUCAAAGUCUGCUUUCAGUAAUUUUGUAAAGAAUGAUCUCUUGAAACUGUGCCAUGCCUAUGCAAUUCAAAUAGCUUCAAAUUCAACAAAUGACAAAAUAAAAGACAAAUUAUGUUCCGUGUUAAGUUCUGCAUUGGAAAUUCCUUUUCCUGAAUAUUUAAAUGAAUCUGGACCUACAAAAUCACCACCAACUGAUCAAACACUUGAUUCUACACAAACAACUGUACAGUCAGUACCUGAUGUCAGUGAUGAGCAAGUGCCUUCUACAUCUGGACAAUCAGAAGUGACAAUAAAAGCUAAACCAAAGGUAAAGAGGAAACGAAAAAGAUCUAAAUUUGUUACAAAAACUAAAAAAAAGAAAAGCAAUACUGAAAAUCAAGGGGAGAAAGACACCAUAUGUCCUUUGUGUCAACGAAUAUAUGUUGACGGCGAUGAAUGGAUUGCAUGUGACAUUUGUGAUGAAUGGUAUGACAGGCAGUGUCUUGAUUUAAGUGAUAGUCAGUGGAGUGAACUUGAAGGGGAUGACUGGUAUUGUCCAAAAUGCAAAAAAUAAUUUUGUUAUAAAAUUCAGUUCUUGCAGAAUUUGUUAUAUUACUUUUUGAUUACCGACUUUUAACCCUUUUAGAUCUGAUUACAUAUAGCAAAGAAGAUUUGCAAUGUCAAAUUUAUAUACAUACAUGUAAUAAAGGAAGAUGUGGUAUGAUUGCCAAUUAGACCACUCUUCACAACAGAUCAAAUGACAAAGAAAUUAACAACUAAAAGUCACUAUACAAGCCUUCAACAAUGAUCAAAGCCCAUACAAGCUGUAAUCAGCUAUAAAAGGCCCUGAAAUCACAAAUGAUAAAGAAUUCCAAUUAGAAACCAGACACUGCUGAUACAGUUCAACAUAAAAAAAGAAACUUGAAAAAAAUAACAAAGGCUUAAAACUCAUCAGAUGGAUAAAAAAGAAAUACAUGUAACAAAAAAACAGUGGAGGUGAUCAGGUUAAUCUUUUAGAAUAUUUGAAAUUGGGAAUAUAAAGUGUACUCAAAACACAAAGAAAUAAUGGCAUGCUGUGAUAUACUGAUUGCUGUUCCUCAUUUCAAAGUCACUUUGAGGUCAUUGAGAUAAAACUAAAAAAAGGUUCAUAUCACUGAAAGUUACAGGUACCAACCGUUCACAGUAAUUAAUUAAGUGUAGAAGUCUUAUAAUAAUGUAUACAUCCACUGCUUAAAAUAAUGAAGUCUUAUUUGAACUGGUAAUUUUGGGGUACUGAAUAGCAUACUUCAACUAAUUGUGUAUUGAAUGGAAGGUUGUCUCAUUGACACUCAGGCCACAUCUUAUUUGUAUAUAAAAUUGUGUCAUUGACACUCAAACCACAUCUUAUUGGUAUAUAAAAUUGUGUCAUUGACACUCAAACCACAUCAUCUCAUUGGUAUAUAAAAUUGUUUCAUUGACACUCAAACCACAUCUUAUUGGUAUAUAAAAUUGUGUCAUUGACACUCAAACCACAUCAUCUCAUUGGUAUAUAAAAUUGUGUCAUUGACACUCAAACCACAUCAUCUCAUUGGUAUAUAAAAUUGUUUCAUUGACACUCAAACCACAUCUUAUUGGUAUAUAAAUUUGUCAUUGACACUCAAACCACAUCAAUGUCAUCAUCUUAUUUGUAUAUGAAAUUGUGUCAUUGACACACGUGCAUUGACACUCAAACCACAUCUUAUUUUCAUAUUAAUGUACAGCUGACUUAUGAUUUUGUUUGCUUCGCUCAUUGUUGAAGGCAGUUUUGUACCAGGAUAAUGGUCUACAUAAUUUAUCUUUGUUGGAUAUUUUCAGUUAUCUCAUUGACAAAUACACCCCAUCCCUAAUUUAUGUAUAUAUUUAUCAUGUUUAUAAGAAAUGAAAAAAAUGGCUACUGGUAUAUUCAGGAUACAGUUUACUACUUCAAUUACAAUAUCUUCCUGCCCCUUAAUUUAAAACUUCCGAUGACAUAUCAAUCGCAUA